AGUCUUCACAUAUAACCUUCUGAAUUUCUUCACCGAACUAUACAAAAAGUUGCUUAAAACAUUAGAAAUUAAACAAUUCUUCUAACCAAAUGGCGAAACAAGGUUUGGAACUUGAAAUUACUGAGCUGAGAUUAGGGCUUCCGGGCGGCGGUGACAACAAGAUUAAUGAGAAGAAAAGGGUUUUCUCAGAUAUCUCUGUGGAUGAAGCAAAUUCGAGAAACGAUGAACGGAAAAUUCAGAUGAAGAGCCAAGUGGUGGGGUGGCCCCCGGUGUGUUCUUAUCGGAAGAAGAACAGUUUUAACGAGAAAGAUCGCAUUGAAACCUCAAAAAUGUAUGUGAAAGUUAGCAUGGAUGGGGCUCCUUUUCUUCGAAAAAUCGAUUUGGGGAUGCACAAAGGCUACUCUGAUCUUGCCAUGGCUUUGGAGAAGCUCUUUGGUUGCUUCGGCAUAAGUGAGGCUCUAAAGGAUGCAGACGGCUGUGAACUUGUUCCCAUUUAUGAAGAUAAAGAUGGAGACUGGAUGUUAGCAGGAGACGUGCCUUGGGAGAUGUUUAUGGAAUCAUGCAAGAGGCUAAGGAUCAUGAAGACAUCGGAGGCCAAGGGAUUUGGGUUGCAGCCACGUGGUGAUCUCAACGCAAUUUCGAUAAAUUAAAAGUGACUUCAAAUUGAUUUUGCCAUGGAUGGAGAAUUUGAAGUUGACGGAUCAUUUUCGUAUACACUUCAUCAAUUUCUGUUUGAUGUUGUUGAUUUAUUUGAUCAAGAAGACAAUUAAUUCUUGAUUAAACAAUGGCUACACUGUCUUAUAGUUAAAUUGGGAUAGAACCCUUGAUGAUAUAUAGGAAAAAUGAUUUCCUUUUUUUUAUGAUUUCCUCUUGUUAUUUAAUAAUUAUUUGUGUCUGUUUAAGAUACAAUUAAGUUCUUCUUGAUUAUAGAUUCUUGGUUUUCAGGAUGAUA